UAUCGCUGUAUCUAUGGUAACCCCACGGCAGGCUGGUCAGAGCACAGCGACCCCCUGGAGCUGGUGGUGACAGGAGCCUACAGCAAACCCGCCCUCUCAGCCCUGCCCAGCCCUGUGGUGACCUCAGGAGGAAGUGUGAUCCUCCAGUGUGUCUCACAGGUGGCAUCUGACGGCUUCAUUCUGUGUGAGGAAGGAGAAGACGAACACCCACAAUGCCUGAACUCCCAGCCCCGUACCCAUGGGUCAUCCCAGGCCGUCUUCUCCGUGGGCCCCGUGAGCCCGAGUCGCAGGUGGUCGUACCGGUGCUAUGGUUAUGUCUCGAGCACUCCCUAUGUGUGGUCUUUACCCAGUGAUCUCCUGGAGCUCCUGGUCCCAGGUGUUUCUAAGAAGCCGUCACUGUCAGUGCAGCCGGGUCCUGUCGUGGCCCCUGGGGAGAACCUGACCCUCCAGUGUGGCUCUGAUGCUGGCUACGACAGAUUUGCUCUGUACAAGGAGUGGGGACGUGACUUCCUCCAGCACCCUGGCCGGCAGCCCCAGGCUGGGCUCUCCCAGGCCAGCUUCACCCUGGGCCCUGUAAGCCGCUCUUACGGGGGCCAGUACAGAUGCUCUGGUGCACACAACCUCUCCUCCGAGUGGUCGGCCCCCAGUGACCCCCUGGACAUCCUGAUUGCAGGACAGAUCCGUGCCAGACCCUUCCUCUCAGUGCAGCCGGGCCCCACGGUGGCCUCAGGAGAGAACGUGACCCUGCUGUGUCAGUCACAGGGAUGGAUGGACACUUUCCUUCUGACCAAGGAGGGAGCAGCUGAUCCCCCCCUGCGUCUAAAAUCAAAGCGCCAAUCUCAUAAGUACCAGGCUGAAUUCCCCAUGGGUCCUGUGACCUCAGCCCACGCGGGGACCUACAGGUGCUACGGCUCACUCAGCUCCAACCCCUACCUGCUGACUCACCCCAGUGACUCCCUGGAGCUCGUGGUCUCAGGUGAGGGCCCUGACCCUGUCCUCUCUGAACUCAAAGGCUCAGCUCCAGCCCUGCCCCCAGUGGAGCUCUGGAACAAUAAUGAAGGAGGGGAGUGAAGGGGGGACGGCCCU